AUGGCUGCUUGAAAUUGUCCAAAAUGGCCGAGACAGAAACUGAUAAUAACAGUAUUGUACGGCCCGAAAAAAAUAAUAAGGGCACAGUGACUAAUAGUGGGCCCCGUCGUGUUACUAUAUAUAAAACUGAGACUGGCUUUGGUUUCAACGUUCGCGGUCAAGUUUCUGAGGGCGGGCAGUUGAGAUCGAUCAAUGGGGAACUGUAUGCACCUUUGCAGCAUGUUAGCGCAGUUCUGGAGCAGGGUGCAGCUGAGCAGGCCGGUAUUCGAAAAGGGGACAGGAUCCUAGAAGUCAAUGGGGUGAACGUUGAAGGCGCCACGCACAAGCAAGUUGUAGAUCUGAUAAAGUCGGGCGGCGACUGUCUCACUCUCACAGUCAUCUCCGUCACACAAAAGGAGGCGGAGCGGCUGGAGCCGUGCGAGGACGGCUCGGCGCCGGUGGGCGUGAUCGGCGGCGCGACCAACGCGCGCGCGGCCGUGUUCCAGCGCUACGACUACUCGGACAAGCGCUCGCUGCCCGUGUCCGUGCCCGACUACCGGCUGGUGAUGGAGCGCAGCUCGGGCCGCAGCUUCGUGGCCUUCAACGUGCACAUGGCCGGCCGCCACCUGUGCAGCCGCCGCUACCGCGAGUUCGCGGCGCUGCACGCGCUGCUGCGGAAGGACUUCGUGGGGUUCAACUUUCCAAAACUUCCGGGCAAGUGGCCGUUCACGUUAAGCGAGCAGCAGUUAGAUGCGAGAAGAAGAGGCCUCGAACAGUAUUUAGAAAAGGUGUGCGCAGUCCGUGUGAUAGCGGAGUCGGACGCCGUGCAGGAAUUCCUCACUGACUCCGACGACUCGUCAAACCCCUCUCCAGUCGAGCUGAAGGUGCUGGUGCCCGAGCGCGAGGUGGUGUCGGUGUCGGUGCUGAAGUCGACAAACGCAGACGACGUGUACCGCGCCGUCUGCGAGAAGAUCGGCCUCUCGAAAUCCGUGCAGAGCUACUUCUACCUGUUCGAAAUCGUCGAGUAUAACUUCGAGCGCAAGCUGCAGGCCAACGAGUGCCCGCACUCGCUGUACAUCCAGAACUACUCCACGGCGUCCAGCAGCUGCCUGGCCGUGCGCAAGUGGCUGUUCAGUCCCGCGCAAGAGCUGCGAGUCGUCAGCCAGGACGACCAGGCCGCCGCCUUCAUAUUCUGGCAGGCCGUGGAAGACGUGAACCGCGGCGUGUGCGUGGCCGGAGCGCGUCUCUACCAACUGAAAGCCCUACAGGAGGUGCGGCGAGCCCCGGACUACCUCGCGCUGGCUAGAACCUUGCCCGGCUACGGCGACAUAGCCUUUCCCCCGGCUAGAACUGAUUGCAGGGCUACACCAGUUGUCGCGGUCACUGUCGGCUGGAGCGGGCUGAAGCUGUCGGCGUGGUGCGAGGGCGACGCGGCGUGCGGCGCGGCGGCGGGCGUGGCGUGGGCCGACGUGCGCGAGUGGCGCGCCGACGACGACGCCGCGGCCGCGCGCCUGCUGUACCGCCGCCGCGAGCGCCCGCCGCGCGCGCUGGCGCUCUACACGCCCUACUACCAAUUUCUAUGCAAUUGCAUGGAUAGAAUAGCGGAGGAAGCGAACUGGGUCGACACCGGAGAAUAAGACACCGUCCCGCCUGGCGCCCUCUAGGAUAAGAUAACCGACGGUAUUACGCCAUUACACGCCGCCAUCUUGGAAAUAUCAAUUUUUUAUGCAAACAACAAAGCAAACAAAAAGAAAUCUUGUUUGUAUAAAAAAUUGUACGGUUUAAUUGUACGCAAAACAUGUAACAGUUUGUUUCUGAGUGGGUAGCUUGAGAUUUAUUUCGGAUUCGAUCGCGUGAAAGUUAAGUUCAGAAAUCUUAUCGGCUGUCUUAGCCGGCCCUACUGCGUCGCGUCGUCCGACCUAGUCGUUCGUUAGCUCGGCUCCUAAGAAGCGUUGCAUGAUGUUACCGUAACUUUCCUCAAGAAUCGAGCUACCGAAUGCAAAAUAAAAAAAGAAGAGAUUAGCGUGUUCAAACAAACAAAAAACAAACUCUUUAAGUUUGUUAUUAUAUUAUAUUGAUAAAAAUAUGGCGAAAUACAUAAUGUUGUCAAUUUAAUGUAAUGUUUUGUGUACAAUUAUUGACAGGUAUGGAUAUUUUUAUCAAAAUGGUGGCGUCAAGAUCCUUUCUAGUUUACGUGUCAUAUAUAGGGUGUCCUUAUUUAAUGGGCAGUUUGGGGAACUUUUAAAACUAUAAUAACUCUGGCUCAUAGCUGUAUUUGCUGUGUUUUUAUCAAUUUACUAAUACUGACUAUUUGUUUUGUUGAUUUUGUAUUUUCUACAUACCGAAGACAACAAUUUGUAGUUUAAAUACCAAGUUAAUUCGUACACAAAAUCUUCUUAAAUCGGCUAAAUACCACGAUCGUGCUCGGGAAAUUAAUAGUUAUGGAAAGUCGAUUCCUGAUAGACAGUUAUUAUACCACAAUUUAAUAAAAGUUAACAUUUAAAAGGUUCUCAUUCUGUUCCAGUUUAAAAAGCACACGCUGUAUAACUAUGGUAAUGAAUGUGAUUGGUUUUUAACUAUUAAUUAAUAUUAUUGGGAAUAUUUAGACGAUUUAUUAUUAUUAAAUAUAUAUAUUAUAUAUGUCUUUAUGUAUGUAUAGAUAUGUAUGUCUGUGGUUCGAAGGGUUGCCAUUCGAACCGUGACACUGUGAUAGGUUUUGUUUUUAAAUAUUUUAUUUGUAAAUCUUAAAUUUAUUGGAUUUGAAGCACGCGUUACUCGCGGAAGUCCGUUAUGUACAAUGAAUAUAAAGGUUUAAUUAGCAUAUUCCGCAACAACCAGACAGAUCCGUGUGAUGUUAUUUAUAUAUCGAAGGCAUCUUGGAAAGUGUCACUAAUGCUGUUUAGAGUAAUGAUUAUAAUUUCAAAUAACGUUUAUUUCAAACGCCGCGACUUGUGGUUACCGCGGAUCAGAUUAAAAUGGUCUAACUAUGGCGACUAAGGGAUGAUAACGGAGAAACCGUCCGUCCAGCGUGGUGAUUAUCUUUAAGUUCCCAUAGGAACGGGACCUACUGUCAGACUGAGCCAUAGUUAAGCGUGGAUGUAUAAGGCGAGUACAUAGAUUUUUUGCAUUUUUUUAAAAGAAUGUAACAUUAUAUUUUAAAAAUUUUAUACUUGUAUGUUUGUAACAUCAUAUUAUUAAAAUUUAUUUAUGUGUGUUUUAAACAUACCAGUUAUAAUUAAUAGAUUCAAAUUUAUAUGUCAACUUCAAUAUUUAAAUAUAUAAAUUACACUGCACAGAUUUGUCUAGAUUUUGGCCAUAAAGUAAAAAAAAUUUCAUUGUAUUAAAUAUAUGGGACAAAUGGAAAGCUGAAAGAGGGUAGUUUAUUUGAAUUUUGUAUUAUGAAAGUUCAAUCGGCAAAAACGUACGUUUGUUUAACGUUACGGUACGCAGUGUGGUGAAUAGGUCGAGGUAUAGGCAGUUAACUGUUAUAAAACUGCAAGUUUAACGCGCUUCCUUCUCAAACUAUAUCGCCCGUCAUCGGGGCCCCAACUCUGCUACUACAACUUACAUACCGUUUUUUUAAACUUAUGAAAAAAAAUUAAAAACCAAAAGCUUUUUUACAUUCAAAUAUUAUGUGCAAAACAUAUAGCAUUUUUGUAAUUGAUUAAUUAUUAUUUUAAAUACUGAAGAUUGUGUCAAAAAACAUAUUUUUAGCUUUAAAAUAGCAUCAUGGUUUGUUUGGGAUGUUAAAAAUGCUGUCAAAUGCCCUAUAGCGUAUCAGUUGUCGAUCAAACACAUGUCAUUUAUCGACCAC